AUGUCAGUCUUGGCCAGGCUGUUUUCGCUGUCGAGCAAGCACAAGAGCAAGCACUCUGAUACUUUCUCCCUUGACCGCGGAAGUUCGAUAGAUUCAUCUCACAUUGACGAGGACGCCACCGACUCACCAAGAUGCCCGUCGAUUUCUCAGCUGUAUAACGAGGCGAACGCGUUCGAAAAGGUUCUUCAGUGCUCAGGAUGCGUCAAACCUCUUACUUCUCGGACAAGGACUUCAAACAGCGGCUUCGAGUCCCUCGUGAGGCACGACCUCAAUCAAUCUGAACUCGCGAUGGCCAACCAUGACGCCAAAGUGGCCGCUACUGCCAGCAGUUGGGUCACUGCCGAUCUUGAUUCGAAGGAUUCAGUUCAGUAUGACGCUGAGGAUGAAUAUAGAAUAUCCAGCGAUUCUUCAUCGGACGCUGACAUUGCGCUGCCCACCAUUCAUCGCGUUCCAAACCAUGACAAUGAAGAACUUGCGAAAUUAAAGCCAGAAGAAAUUGUCCGUAUUUUGAUCCAGGAAUUUGGCGAACUCGCUGGUCCAGAUGAGGAAGAGUUGUUAUUAUUGGAAACUGACGGCUGUCUUUUUAGCGAGAUAUCGGUUGUGGGCGUUAUUCAUCUUACGACCCACCGUUUGACAUUUCACGCAUCCCUACUUGCUACUCGGCCAGACCUCUCACCCUCACGUCAAGUCCUCAAAGCUGGCCCGGCCACAUUUCACCGUAAAGGCUGGCGGGUGAAAAGGCGACUCUGGGUAGAAUUGACGCAUGAUAUGAUCUGCUCGUACGCAUCCAGUAAAGAAGAGGACAAGACCCGCCCAUUGUGCACUACCCUAUUAUCAUUCUUCCAUGAAGUUCUUCCCAUCGAUCCAAAGCACCCAAGGUUUAUCCGUUUUGUCAUAAAAGACGCAGCUCAUAGCGCCAACGACUAUGUCGAGUUGGAUACAGAAGAGUCUGCCCAUGAUUGGAGAAGAGAAAUUAAUGGUGCUUUGUCCCUUCAACGCCAUCGCCGAAUGGAGUUGUAUUCGCCAACAGCCGAUUCAGAAGCUGGAGUCAGACUAAGCUGUCCCCUCGACCGAAUAAUUGACUUCCAAACCCAUUGCAAUGCCGAUUUUUUGCACCUGGUUUCUUUCCGUGUUCAACUUACUCCAGCGGACUGUAAGGAAGAUGUAUGUGAGGGCAUGUCCGAAUCUCCGGUCAUCCAAGUCGGCCCUGUUCAACACAUACCAAUCUGGGACCAGCUGCAAGAUCGCAUUGAUAUCGCGAAGCGCCGCGUGCAGAAUGAACCACCCAACCCGCAAUCCGUCUUCUUCGUUGACUUUGGGCCCUUUAGGUUUCUCCAGAGAGAUAAUGUGCCCUCCAAAGAUGAAGGUUACAUCACCCAUAGAGAAAAAGCCAUUCGAGCUGCAUUAGGAUUCGCUGCGGAAUCGGAGCUUUGGUUUGCUCGGGCUCGCGUCUACAGGACGGUGACUUCAGUUGGGUACUUUGCGAUAUCUCGACGCCACAUAGGGUUCUGGAGCAAAAACUUAACACAGCGGAAUAUCACUUAUAGCAUCCCUGUGACUCUAAUCCGAUAUGCGGAGCCCUUUCACCUGAACUGGGUACUUGUCGAUGGCUUAACUGUUGGCGUAGAAGGUCAAGCAGAGAUGAGGUUUGUCUUUAGGUCGGCCGCGAUACGUGAUGCGGCCCUUGAACACAUCAAACAAUCCAUUUCAUCUUGCCAGUCUGGCACCGUGGUGGCAUCUCCGAUUUCUUCGAGACCGGGGAGUCCUGAGACACAGGAAGCAUCGGUUAAACCCACUCAUCACAUGCGUCGGCGACACGCCAAGUCCCCAGAACGCAGUGCGACUGGCAUAUUUGCGCCUCUAUCUCGUUCCCUUAGUGCUGCUGUUACCGCUGCCGCCGACCUCCCACUCAACUUCCAGCGUCGAAUUCCCAAGGUUGUCAAUCUGCCUCGGGAAAUCCUGAUUGCAAGAGCCUCCCUACAUUUUGUGUGUUUGACCAUUGGUUCUAGGGGUGAUGUUCAGCCAUAUAUUGCACUGGGACUUGGAUUGAGAAAAGAGGGCCACCGUGUAACGAUCGUUACCCACGAAGAGUAUCGAGACUGGAUUCUUGGGUUUGGAUUGGGUCAUCGAACAGCUGGUGGUGAUCCAGGCGCUUUGAUGAAACUUAGUGUGGAAAAUAAAAUGUUCUCACCUGAAUUUUUCAGACUGAGCUUAAACAACUUCCGACCCUGGUUAGACCAACUUCUAGUCGAUUCCUGGAAGGCAUGUAGUGAUGCUGACGUUCUCCUGGAGAGCCCAUCAGCGAUGGCUGGUGUACACAUCGCCGAGGCCCUAGCCAUUCCAUAUUUCAGGACAUUUACGAUGCCCUGGACCAAGACUUCCGAAUUCCCUCACGCAUUUUUGAGCCCGCCCGUUGAGUCUCCUACCUUCAACAGCGCUUCUAACGUCAUGUGGGCUGCCACCUCUAGCCAAAUUAAUAAGUGGAGACGCCACACCCUUCGGAUAGGCCACACCGACAUGGGACACUUGGCUCAAUCAAAGAUCACGUUCAUCUAUAACUUCUCACAAGUUGUGGUUCCCAAGCCACUAGAUUGGCCAGAUACCACGAUCAUCUCGGGAUACUGGUUUUUGGAUAAUCCGGAUCUUGACUGGGAACCCCCCACCGAGCUCAUAGAUUGGAUGGAAGAAUCCCGGAGAGAGGGGAAGCCAAUCGUAUACAUUGGGUUUGGAAGUAUUACUGUGCCACAUCCGAAUCGUGUCACUUCACAUAUAGUGAAGGCGGUUCUGCAAAGUGGCGUUCGAGCGGUUAUCUCCAAAGGCUGGUCUACGCGAAUGAAAAGCGAAGAUAAAGGCCCUGAAAUCGAAAUACCUCGAGAAUGUUUCCUCCUCGACAAAGUGCCUCAUGAUUGGCUUUUUCCGCGCAUAGAUGCAGCUGUGCACCACGGCGGGGCAGGGACUACAGGCGCGAGUCUACGAGCAGGAAUACCGACGCUGAUUAAGCCAUGGUUCGGUGAUCAGUUUUUCUGGGCUUCAAGGGUCCAGCGACUGGGGGCCGGUCUCAGAGUUAGCUUGAGGGUCAGCGACCUGUCCGACGCCCUCGUUAAAGCGACCACUAACCAGUUAAUGAAAGACAAGGCUGCAUCCGUCGGGCGACGCAUCAGAGAGGAGGAUGGCGUGCACACCGCCAUCUUCACCAUUUACACAUAUCUGCAUCGAGCGUCACAAGAUCGCGCAAUGCUUGAUAAACAUUGA